AUGCAGAAUCUGACUGACUUUCAAGCCAAUGCUACAUCCCAUAAUACCCUGUCUAUGAUAAUUAAGGUGUGUGUGGUGAUCCCCUUCUGCUGCCUCUUCCUCUGUUGUAUUGUUGUCAUGUUGCACAUCUUUGCCUCUCACAGGCAGUUUCUGGAGACCUCACGUUACAUCCUGUUUGCCUGCAUGCUGAUCAACGACACCCUUCAGGUCUUGUCCUCUCUGCUGCUCUUCCACCUUGUUGUUGGUCAGGUGAAACUUGCCUUUAUCUGCUGUGUUCCACUUCUGUUUAUAUCCACUGCCACUUUCCAGAACACACCUUUAAUCCUGGCCACAAUGUCACUGGAGCGCUACAUUGCGAUCAUCUAUCCCCUGCAGCGCCCGGCUGCCUGGCGCUCAGACCGUAUUUGGAUCAUUAUUCUGUCCCUGUGGCUCAUCAGCUGCAUCUUCCCCUUUAUUGACUUCAGUAUUGGGAAGCAUGAUCCUUCAGUGAAUGUCCUGUUCACCCCUGUGAUUUGCAAAACUGCACUUGUCAACUCAUCUCCGAUCCAGCAGCUGUUUAAGGCUGCUGUAAGUGUGCUCUUCUUCGUAGUGGUAGCUGUCAUCAUCCUCUUCACUUAUGUGAGAAUCCUGCUGGAAACCAGGAAACUGAGACAGGACCGGGUUUCUGUCACCAAAGCCUUGCACACUGUGCUGCUGCAUGGCUUUCAGCUUUUGCUGUGUGUGUUGGCCUUCACGCACCCCAUCACUGAAACUCUCAUAGCGCUCCAGAGCUGGAGCCCACAAGACCUUUCCUUUUUUAAUUAUUUCUGUUUUAUGCUGGUUCCACGCUUUCUUAGCCCACUCAUUUAUGGCUUCCGAGAUCAGAGUCUCAGAGGUUACAUUAAAAAAAGAUUCCUCUGCUGUUCAAAGACGGUAGACCCUUGUGUCAGAGAGCAGAUGAGGCUUUGGCUGGACCUAACAGCCAUCUCAGGGAAACCAAAUGGCCGGACUGUGAAAGUUGAUCCCACGGCAGAGGAGUCCCGCACGGAGCGGAGGCGCGUUGGAUUCACAGGGAGAACCCGGCGCAAACCCACAGGCGCGUCACUUCGGUCCAGGACAGGCACAGAGGUCCAGCCACGAGAGGAAAAACACUCAGAAACCUUAAAUACUGCAACAGGCACAGAGUAA